AUGCAUGUUCUUCUUCUCGGCGGCCAUGGCAAAGUGGCCCUGCACCUCACGCCCCUUCUUCUUAACCGAGGUUGGACCGUGACCAGCGUGGUCCGGAACCCCGACCAUGAGAAGGAGAUCCUCAACUUGGGCAAAGAGCGCAAAGGCAAAUUGGGUGUCCUCAUCUCCAGCUUGGCGGAGAUCAAGAGUGCGGCCGAUGCUCAGGAAAUCCUUCUCACAACGAAGCCCGAUUAUGUAGUUUGGUCUGCUGGCGCCGGCGGCAAAGGUGGACCCUCCAACACUAUCGCCAUCGACCAAGAAGCCGCCAAACAUUUCAUGACCGCCUCGUUUGCCUCCCCCCACGUCUCCAAAUUUCUCAUGGUCUCCUAUCUGGGCAGCCGUAAGAAGCAGCCGACCUGGAUGCCCGACGAGGAAUGGGCGGGAAUCGUCCAUGUCAACAGCCAAGUUCUGCCGACCUACGCCAAGGCCAAACAGGAAGCCGACGAAUAUAUGGUUGCGUUGGCGGUCAAGCGUAAACAGGAGCCCGGGGCAACGCGGCCUUUCCAGGCGAUCAAUCUGCGGCCGGGGACGUUGACUGAUGAGCCGGCGACGCGGAGGGUGGAAUUGGGGAAGACGUCAAAGGGUAGGGGCACGGUGACGCGGGAGGAUGUGGCGAUUGUGGCGGACAUGUUGUUGGCACGGGCUGACACGGAGGGUUGGUAUGAUCUGGUGAAUGGAGAGGAGGACGUGGAGAAGGCGGUGGAGAGGGUAGCAAAGGACAAGGUGGAUGCUGUCGAGGGAGAGGAUGUCGAGGGCAUGGUGAAGCGAUUCUUUCCGUGA